GACCAUGGCCAAAUCUUUUGAGGUUACUGAGUUACCAGUUAGAUCAGCCAAGUUUAUUGCACGCAGACAAUGGGUUGUUGCCGGAGCUGAUGAUAUGUUUAUUCGUGUAUAUAAUUAUAACACGAUGGAUAAGGUCAAAGUAUUUGAAGCACAUACUGAUUACAACUGUUUUCUUCUUUUUCAGAUUUGGAAUCUUGGCUCACCUGACCCUAAUUUUACAUUGGAUGCGCAUCAGAAAGGAGUAAAUUGUGUUGAUUAUUUUAUAGGUGGUGACAAACCAUAUCUAAUCACUGGUUCUGAUGAUCACACUGCCAAGGUAUGGGAUUAUCAGACCAAAGGUUGUGUCCAGACCCUAGAUGGUCACACACACAAUGUAUCUGCUGUAUGCUUCCAUCCUGAACUUCCUAUAAUCAUUACUGGUUCUGAAGAUGGUACAAUACGCAUAUGGCACUCCACAACUUAUAGGCUGGAAAACACAUUAAACUAUGGCCUUGAAAGAGUCUGGGCUAUUGGAUACUUGAAGGGUUCACGUCGUGUGAGUGGGAGAUUGCUGUGGCAAAUUGAGCCUGUAUUAUGA